AUGCCUACCAUCUCAGUCCCUAAACAACAUUUCUACGAGUUACUUGGCAAACAGUACUCGAACGACGAGUUCGACGAACUUUGCUUCGAAUUUGGUGUGGAAUUAGAUGAAGACACCACCGAGGAAGCUUUGAAACUGAAUGUUGAACCAGAGCUGAAAAUCGAAGUUGGUGCCAAUCGUUAUGACUUGCUAUGCACAGAGGGUAUUGCUCAGUCAUUGAACGAAUUUUUGGGCAAAAAGGAAACCCCAGAGUACAAACUCUCAAAACCAAGCACGAAAUUAUACAUCGAGCCUUCUACGGAGCAAAUUAGACCUUACGCAGCAGGCGCCAUACUCAGAGGCAUCACUUUCACUGAGAAGUCUUACCAGUCAUUCAUCGAUCUCCAGGACAAGUUGCACUCCAACUUAUGCAGAAACAGAAGUUUGGUCGCCAUGGGUACGCAUGACGCUGAUACCAUCAAAGGCCCAUUCUAUUACAAGGCCGUUGCUCCAAAGGACUUCAAGUUUGUACCAUUGAACCAGACUAAAGAAUACAACGGUGCUGAAUUGGUCGAGUUAUACAAGCAACCAGAUCAGAAAAACAACCUAGGUAGAUUCGUUCACAUCAUUGAAAACUCACCUGUGUACCCCGUCGUCUUCGAUAGCGAAGGUACCGUUUGCUCCUUGCCACCUUUGAUCAACUCUGAGCACUCAAAAAUUUCAAUCAACACUAAAAACGUCUUCAUAGAAUGCACUGCUACUGAUAAAACUAAAGUGGAGAUCGUCAUCAACCAAAUUGUUGCUAUGUUCUCUCGUUACUGUGCUGAGCCUUUUACUGUGGAGCCUCUUGAGAUUGUUUCCCCACACAACGACCAGUCUCGCAUGACUCCCAAUUUUACGCCUAAGACGAUGGAGGUCUCUACUCCAUACAUCAACUCUUGUCUGGGCUUAGAACUUAGCCCCCAGGAAAUCUGUGCCAAUUUGAAAAAAAUGUCAUUAAGCGCCGCGCCUUCAGAGAAGAAGGACUACCUCAAGGUCGAAAUUCCCAUCACCAGACCUGACAUUCUACAUCCUUGUGAUAUUAUGGAAGAUGCUGCUAUUGGAUACGGAUACAACAAGUUACCAAAGGGCGAGAAGCUUUCCAAUGCAAACUUUGUUGCUUCUGCUUUGCCAAUCAACAAAGUUUCUGAUAUUUUCAGAUCCGCUUCCGCUCAAGCAUCUUGGUUAGAAGUCUUGCCUUUAACCUUGUGUUCUCACGAUGAAAACUAUAAAUUUUUGAGAGUUGAAGAUGACGGUACUCAAUCAGUUAAGCUAGCAAAUCCAAAGACUUCCGAAUACCAAGUGGUAAGAACUACUUUGCUUCCAGGUAUCUUAAAAACAGUAAGAGAAAAUAGGAAGCACACGUUACCCAUCAAAGUCUUUGAAGCUGGUGACGUAGUUUUUAAGAAUGACAAGUUGGAGCGCAAGGCGUACAAUGAACGUCACUGGGGAGCAGUAUACGUCGGCAAAAACUCCGGGUUCGAAAUAAUUCAAGGCCUAUUGGGUAAAAUAAUGCAAACUUUCAGAACCCAGUGGGUAGCAGAUUUUGGCAAGGCCUCUACUACCAGAGGAUACUGGAUUGAGCAAGACGAAUCUUUACAAACCUAUUUCCCCGGAAGAGGAGCCAAGGUUAUGUUCAGAUCAAAGGAAGGUGAAGACGCCAAGAAGAUUGGCUCUUUGGGUGUUUUGCAUCCAGAAGUUAUGAAAAAUUUUGAUUUACCAUACGCUGCCUCUUACGUGGAGCUAAACGCCGAGGUGUUCCUGUAA